AUGUCUGCAAAAAAUGAUCAAGCUCAACAGGAAAGUGCAAUCGUUGAAGAUAAUAAAGAAAAAUUUUGUUCAGAUCAGUCAAAUCCAAAAGAUGUUCAACAAGAAACAGUUCAAUCAUCAAAUCAACUCAUUCAAAUUAUUCAAAAAUUAAGUGAAAAGAAGCAGAAAGAAUUAAUUGAACAAUUAAAACAAAUAUUAGGUGGAGAAUCAAUGAAUUUUGAUCAAGAAAAAUUAAUACAAAAUUCAUUUACGGUGGAACGAUUAAUAUUAGAUUUGAAUAGCGAAAGCGGACAAAAAUAA